AUGUCCGGUGUGUCUUAUCUUGUGCUCUUCUUCUCUUUCUCUCAUCUGGUACUUUUUUCUUUGGCUCAGGAAGAAAAUGGUUCCAGCCCCAAAUGUCAAUCGUUCGUCUGUAGAAUUCUCGACCGUAUAGGCUUCCCUUUCUCCAAUGAACCUUUCCCUCAGUGUGGAUUUUUGACAGUGAAGGGCUGCAAAGAACAAGUUCAGAGGAUUCAACUGGAGGAAAAUGGGCCAGAGUUUCAAGUUCUAAGCAUCUCCAAGGAUAAUACGCUUACUCUUAGUCAUCCUGGAAAAUUUAAAAACCCUCAAUUGGGAAGCAAAAGCUGUGUUGAUUACUUGCAAAAUCUCACCAUUCCCAGCUCUAACUUUCUCUCCUUUGAAGUGAAACCCCAAAAUCAAAUCCUUUUCAGCUGUCCCGGAAAGCCUUACACCGUCGGAUUAAAUUUUGCUUCUCUCUGUAAUGGCUCCAGAGACUCAAUUGUCUACUACAAUGGAAUAAAACCUGAUGGAUCAUCAGCUCCUCCGCAAAAUUGCUCACUUAUUCAGUUCCGAAGCAACAAGAAUGGAAAGGGUCUUCACUUCUCGAAUUUGUUCACCGGUUGGUUCCAACUUCAAGUGAAUGUAACCAGUGAAUGUCGUGAAUGUCAUCAUAGAGGAGGCACAUGCCGAUUUGACAACAGUGGAGAAUUUAAAUGUCGGGAUGCUAGGUCAGGGAGGAUUCCCUGGGUUGGGAAUGGAAUUGGAUGUGAGUAUAUAAGUGUGAGAGAAAGUUUUACUCUUCAGGUGAAUGUUAUGCUUGUAUUAAUGCUGGAGGGCUAUGCCAAACUGAUGGCAAGGGAAAGUUUAAAUGUUCUGUGA